CUCUGCAACAGUGAGAGGCGAGGCGCAUCGUCUCCUCACCCACCGCCGGUUUAAACAUGCCAGAAACUGGCGAGGGGGCACUUGAAUCAACAUGACGCCGGGAUUGCUAACGAGAUAGCCGAUAACGAGGCACCGGGGAGGCCGCUGCCGGCGAGGAAGACUCACAAGAGGUUCCCCCCACCAGCCACCGGCAUGCUGUCAUUAACAUCGGGCACAACGAGGAGGAUGUUGCGGUAGUCGGACCCCUCCGUCAUCCUCAUCUCCCGAUGACCGGCCCCAACUCCCCGAGCCGGGGGACCAAGCUGAGCCGGCACGGCCGCUCCAAGAGCUCCAGCGCUCACUGCCUGCUGCGUCGGGCCGCCCAGGAGGAGUCGAGCGAAGGCAGCAGCCCCAACCGCGAGGAAGAGGAGAAAGAUGGAGGGAUGCUCUUCUACGUCAACCGCGCCGGCUUCCCGAUCGAGGGAGCGACCUGGGCGAGGAUGUGGGCCCACGUGGCCGCCGUGCACCCCGAGGGGCAGGAGAUGGUGGACGGGAUACGCAACGCCGCGUACCUGCCCAAGCAUCACGUCCCCCCGCUGCCCACCUUCAAGCCGGCAAUGUCGGUGCCAGACUGGCUCGUGGUGGUCCAGAAUUUCAUGAAGGCUCUGCAAUACAACCACACGGGCACACAGUUCUUUGAGAUCAAGAAGAACCGGCCUUUGUGUGGGCUAAUGGAGACGGCGCGGGAGAUGAUCCGGGAGUCUCUGCCAAUCAAAUGUCUGGAAGCUGUCAUCCUGGGAAUCUACCUGACCAACGGACUGACGUCCCUGGAGCGCUUCCCGAUCAGCUUCAAGACGCAGUUCUCGGGCCACUGCUUCCACCACGUGGUUCUGGGCGUCUACUGCAACGGACGCUACGGCUCCCUGGGCAUGAGCCGACGCUCGGACCUCAUGGACAAGCCGCUCAGCCACCGGACGCUGGGGGAGCUGGUGGCCGACUUCGAAAGCUCUUACAAGCGAUACCAACACAGCCUCAAGAAGGUGAAGAUCGGCCUGUACGUGCCUCACGACCCUCACGUGUGCCAGGCCAUCGAGUGGAAGUACCUGGUGCUAAACGCCGCCAAGAUGGCCGCUCCGGAGAUGAGGCGCGAGCUGGAGAAACAUGGACGAGACAUGAGGAUGAAGAUCUUAAAGUCAUCUAGCGCUCAGUCUCCCAUCCACGAGCGAAGCCGUGGCAAGUCUCUGUCGCCGCGCCGCCACCGCCAGGGCGGCAGCCCGCAGCGACGGCUCGCCCGAAGCAGAGACAAGUCGCCGGCGUGCGUGGAGACGAAAGCUCCAGAACUGAGCACACUCAACGACGGCUACCAGAUCCGAAUAUGACGUCACUCCUCGGUCCCGCUCGGAUCCUUCCGGACUUUCCCAGCCGUCUCCCCCCCACUCCGGUGAUGACGUCAUCUGUAGCAAAUACCCAAAUACCCUCGGCCCCGCCAUCCUUCUACGUGGCCGAACGGAAGUCGUGUUGCUGCAAGCCGUCCAAUCACGGGAGGCUUCCGAGACCUUAUGAGGAGCGCGUCACGAGCGCAAAUCUCUGGCCUCUGUUAGUACUGUCCGACCCAAGAAGACGAUCAUCAUCAAUUGCAGCUCGUCAGUGGUAAUCAAUCACAGAGCCACUGAUGUGGAUGCUGCCUUUAAAGAGCAACAAAAAUCGAACUUCUAUGUCGGGAAAACUGAAAUACAGGAUGUGGUGCUGUCCUUUGCUCAUUUGGAUUGGAUUAUUUGUAGCAUCGUAAAAAGUUACAUACAGGUGUAUCUCAUUAAGAGUAUCGUGCAUUUCUGUAGUUUAAUUCAAAAAGUAAAAGUCAUACAGAUUUAUUAAACGCAUGAAAAUUAGGAAUUGGAAUUUUUACAUUAAAAAUAUUUUUGAUAGCUUCUUGUGUUAUAUUGAAAUUUCUUGAGGUGGUGAAUUUCCGUGUUUUUCUCAAAAUGAUCAAAUAUUAAAUGAUUAAAUAUUAUAUAAUAACUAUAACAAACAAUUAUAACGCAGCAUUGAUACUAGUUCCACUUUUUGUUUUGAAGUACUGAAAUAAACGCAUUUUCUACGAUAAUGUCAUGAAUUGAGACGCACCUGCAAGUCUAUUAUGUAGCAUAUCCACUGUAGGGGUAGAACCUCUAAUUUCAAACCUGAAGUAAUGAAUUUUUUUUUGGAAACAAAAUGGAGCCUGUUGGAAUCAAAGGAAACGGAAAAUAAUCUGUUCCAGCGUUAAACUACUUUAUGAAGUGUACAGGUCAAUAUUUCCCAUUUUUAAGUCGCAUUUAAUCAUUCUUCGACAAGUGAGUUGGAAAAAAUAAGUUGUAGGAGCAACUUUGAUGUUAGGUGUUCUACUGUACUGUGUUGCACAUCUCUGUCACGUCAGAUUUUAAAAACUUUGUUGUUGCUUGAAUGUUUUUCUCCCAACGUCGACGUUUUUCCACGAUGAGCUAUGCACACACGUCCGCGUCUUCCUGAGCCGAGGAGGCGGCGGAGCACAAACGCAGCACGUGGAUUUUUUUUUUUUUAUGACACCAUGUUGGAGCGCCACUGCUGAUCACAUGGCCAAAGUGAUGCAAACACAAAAUGUUGAUGGCUUAAACGCAUGUUGUGUCAUUAAUGUCAGACAGCAAGUUGUGCAAAAACGUACUGGACCAUUGAACAGUUCAAAGUUUACAGAAGGUCAAAUGCAUUUUAUACCUCGGGAUGAGCAAGGACCGAUACCAGGGAUCGGUAUCGAGCCAGGUAUCGGGUACUCGUGAAGGCUGCUGCUACCUGCCACCGAUAACAAAAGACAUCAAAAUCUAACACGGAGUUCGUCCUCCUCGCCAUUAGCGGGCGAUACACAUCAGCAAUCAUCAUCUGCGUCAGAAAGAAAGAAAAGGUCUUCGUUCACAAUCAUCUGUCAUUGUGUUCAUCAAAAUUUGAUGUAUCAAAAGUACUACUGGUAACGGUGAGUACUUGAGCAAAUACUUGCACUGGUAUCAGUCGGGGGAAAAAGUAUCGAACAUCCCUCGUUGGUGUGUAUUUCAAGUACAUCCUGAAAUUUCACUAUUGCAACUUUUUCGCGUUUUAACUCGUGGAAUGUUUUUUUUUUUUAAUUAUCAUUACCGACAUUUGAGUGAUGCGUUCGUGUUCCUAUGAAGGCCUUCUUAUUUAAAAAAAACAAAAAACAAUCGAGCAAGUAAACAAGUAGGCUGUUAUAAAAAGAUGGAUGUUUUAUUUUUACAGUACAUGCAUUGAAAAAAAAAAAGAUGGUUUAGUGUUUUUAAAGUUGAACCAAAAAUUGGUGUGACGUGUGUGACCCCCUGGAGCAUGUUUGCUUUUGUAACCAUGGCAACCCAGCCUCCAUGCCUCCAGUGUCAACCGGAAUUGUGACAUCAUCAGAGUUGUUACGGCGAGGCAUCUCUUCUUUCAUCAAUAAAAUUGCUUUUUUGGUUUU